GUCGGAUGUUAUGAAGAAUUGGCUGGUGUUUUUUAGCGCGAGAACAUAUAUGAGUUUUCCCCAGUUACUAGAAUCGUGUUAUUUCUUUCUACAGUUCAGAGUGAGAGCAUAACAUUCUAACGAGAGAAAUGUGUUCAACGUUCAAAUGUAUUUUGUUCCCUAAAUGGCUUGCAACACAUUUCAACAGUAGCUAGUGCUACAACUCUAAAGCUAGCCAGCAUGUCAACGUUAGCUGCAAUAACUGAAUAACGCCAACGUUACUGUCUUGGGAAAAGGGAUGGAUAUGUUUCUGGGCCAUUUCACAGAGAAGAGUCGAGUGGAGCAAACCUGGCUGAGCGAAUUAUUCUUGAGUGUACGGGACAGGCUUCUCCCGGUGCUCGCCGGAAUCACUGGAGGGCUUCCUGUCGAUGAAGUGGCCCUCUCGGUUGUUUCGCGGCUGCAGGGGUGUUUUUCGUCUGACUCACUCCCUGUUAGCUUCAGAUGUGUUUGUGUGUCAGAGCUCCUCUCAAGACAGCGGACCGCCUGCUUCAGCAGUCUCACCAUGAGCACUAGUCAGCAUAGAGAGCUGACCCGAGAAGCAGAGCAGGCUCUGCCCAAUCACAAAGCCCUUUCCCGUGCCAACCUUCUGCUUAUUGGCUGUCUGAGUACAGGGGAGGAUGGUUGGAGGGUGUCUGACUCCAGCGGGAGUGUGCACUGUGAGUUGCUCGACCCAGAAACUUCUUGGAUGAACCAACCCAUGCUUUUCCCCACUUGGAACUACAUUCCCCAUAAUCCACCAGGGAAGGUGGGCCAGGAGGCUGGUUACCUGGAACUGAUUGCCUCUCCGAUCCACCUGACACCUGAUGCUGUCACCUUUGACCCUGGGGGGCCACUGUCAGAAGAAGUGCUGGGGGUCCGAGAAACUGCCAGAUGGCUGGGAGAGAAGCGAUCAGGUGGGGCCCUUGUGUGUGUAAGUGGGGAAGUGUGUACGGUGAGCCCUCUGCUGGUUAUCGCAGGAAAACGCUUCUUCUGUUUCAGUCUGAGAGAGAGGGACUUCACUGUACCUAUACUGGUGAUGGACUCCAGGUCCGUGUUCUGGCGGCCGUGUGUGUUUGUGGGCCGCUGGGUGUGUGUGUCGGCGCUGCGCGCGUCCUCUCUCAGGGGGUGGGCAGGCCACAGGGUCCUGUCCGUCACGUCACAGUCCCGCCUCGUUGCGCGCUCUCUCGCUCAUAACCAGCCCGGGACAGCCGCCACAGAGGAGACGGAGACUGAGACUGAGCGAAGUCAACGGCUCAGUCAGCAGGAGUCCCUUGCGCGCGUGCAGAGGCUCCGCGCAGACGAGCAGGCGUCUGGUGCGGACGAGCCGACGAGCGGCGCGGACGCGGAGGCAGACGCUGUGCCGAGGGAAGAGCCUCCAGCAGGUCCGUCGGCUGGCCCUGGCGCUGCUUGUGCUGUGAAGAUCAAACGCUCCAAAAUCAUCAGCUACAAGGGUGUAAUCUCAGCUGUGACCGAUCAGGAGGCAGGGCUGUACGUGAUUGACGGAAAGCUGGGCCUAUGUUUGGCCUAUCAGCCGCUGCAUUGGAACAGCGGCUUGCGUCCCGGAGCGGAGGUGGAACUUCAGCACGUUCACUUCCUUUUCCGGCCCUCGCCGCAUGGCCUUCCCACGAUGCUCUGCGCCUGCCUGCGCUCCAGCGUACGCGUGACCGCCUUUAGCACUGUGACGCCCGUUGGCCCCGCCUCAUCCUCGUCACAUGGGGCGCUGCCUCGCUUUCUACUGGAGAAAAAUCUGGGAGUGUCAGAAUACCUGUGGCUUCACUACUACUCCAACGCACUCCAGCAGAGAUUGUGCCCUCGUUGGGUGUGUGAGCGGCGGGUGUGGGUGGUCGCGUCUCGGCUGCUGGAGUGUGUGUGUGUGCACGAGCAGGGCAGAGAGCCGAGAGACAUCUACAGAGAAAUGCUGCAGGAGCCACACAAUUGCCCACUCAAUGAGUAUAGGGUGUGUGGUGCGGGUUGUGAAAUUCCCCCCAUCUCAGAGCUGUGUGAGUGGCUGAAGGAGAAGUGCUGGUCCUCUCUCUCCCUCUCCGCUCUCCUCCCCCCGUCUGCGGCGGGCCUGACACGCGCUGAGCUGAACCCGCUCCUCAGCUGGUCCUUCAGGACCUGGUCUCUUCAGGACCAGCCCAAAAUGGCUCUGCUGGUAGGAAUACUGGAGACCAGCCCGGUCACAGCCACACUCCAGUUCCGAGACCAGACAGGAGCCAUCGAUUGUGUCCUGGUGGAGACUGUUGAAGCGGGCAGCCAGCGAGCUGCAGACAACACAGCCUGGCUGGGUUGUUUGGUGUGUGCGCGGCGCUGUGCUCUUGUAGCUGAGAGAUUCCUGAAGACUAAUUUUCCAUCUUGGGAGCACCUGAACGAGGAGAAGUACAUCACUAACAAGCUCUGCAGGGUGUACCUGCAGGUGUGCGUGAGCGACCUGCACAUCCUCAGCCCCUCCACUGCCAUGAGCCUCCUGCUAGCGGAGAGCGAGAACAAGGGAACGAGAGCGAUAACAGCAAGUGGGGAGAGGAGGUCAGAGCCUGGGAGCCGAGGAAACAAGGGAGCGGGAGAGAAAACGACAGACGGGGAGAGAUCGGCAGACCCUGGAUGUAGAGUCGGCGAGGGGGCGGGAGACGAAAACACAGACAAGGAGAGGGCGUCGGAGGGUACCAGGGAUGGAGAGAUUGAGGGAGUGGGAGUGAAAGGCCCAGAGGAGAAGAGGACUGGUGGCGGUGAGCCGGGAAGGAGGAGUGCUGGAAAGAGGAUGAGAGAAGAGGAGGAGGAAGAAGGCAGCUCAGAGAGCGAACGAAUGAAACCGACAGAGAAGAGUGGAGGAGGCGACACCAAGAGACGGAGAACGGGGGACCAAGAGAGCCCCGCGGGGCAGCCGGAGCAAGGCAUUGUGGGAAGAGAGGCAGGGGCGACCUCUGACCCCUGUGUGUCGCUGGCCUUUCGUGUGGAGACUAAACAGGGCGUGGCCCUACGCAACCAUCAGCUGUUGUCAGGGGCAACACCAGGCCUGUCGCUGAGCUUUGUCACCAAGGUGACGUGUUUGGGGAAAGCACAGAGGUGGGACAAGGACCCCAGAAAUGGCCCACUGCAGGAGAGAGAGUGUGAUGGACCACACGCACAGCUUGAACUGCAGUUCAUCAGCUCUGCUGUCAGAUGGUUUCCUCUUCUGCAGCCUGGGUCUGUGUAUCGACUCAUCGCCUUACAUACAGAGGACGUCAGUGUGUUGAGUUUGAAGACUGAGAGUGUGAAGGGCGGGGUGAAAAGCCAUGGCAACCCCUCCCUCGUGGUCCAGUCUCUGUGGCGCAUCAACACGCUGGCACACACUCCCCUGACUACACAGAUGGGUCCCUCUGAGGCACUAAACAUCAAAACUGUAUCUCAGAUCCUACACAGCAGCUCCUGUCCAGAGAUUGUGUCCUUUUACGGCGUUAUAUCUCAGCGAAUCACGUUGAAGGAGGAACAGGGAAAGCCCCCGGUCAUCCAAUCACUGAUCAAGACUAAAGGUGUGUGUGUAGAGACAGACCUCAGGUUCCGGCUGACCAUAGAGGAUGCAGAAGUAUCAACUCCGAGCAUCCAGGUGUAUCUGGACCUAACCCACAAUCCCUUCAUCCCUGGCCUGCUUCCCGGGGCAACAGUAGUGCUCCAUGCCUUCCAGCGCUCAGUGUCCAGGAAGGGUAACGUUUACUGCCGCUUUCUGCCUAUCAGCUGUGUGACCGUUUCUGCACUGGGGUCAGAGGAUUCAGACUCCUCUCGGCACCGGCCGCCUCCUCCCAUGAUGCUGUUGGGUGAGUGGGCGCGCCCUGAGGAGGGGCAGCAUUGCAUGCUGGGUCGUGUCAAAGCACAUGUGACCUGUGUGCUGCACCUUAAGAUGCAGUGGACCUGCUCUCUGUGUGGGAGCAUCUACAAACAGGAUGGAUGCAGCAGGACAUUUCCCUCCUGUGAAUCAAGCACCGCAGUGUUCCAGGCAGAGGCCAAAGUGGCUGUAGAGGAUGGCACUGCAGAGGCCCACGUUUGGUUCUCCUCUGAGACGGUUCCUGCACUGUUGGUGCUAGGGGCAACAGAGUGGGAGGGACUUCAGUGGCGCAUGAGGGUCAGAGGCCACCUUCGACUGUAUGCUCGGGGGCGGGACAUGGUCAGCGAUAUGAAUCCGGAGGACCCUCUCGUGCAGUACCUGUGUGUGUUGUGUUCCAGUAGCAGCAUCUGUCGGGAGCUCACCCUCACCUGCCAACUACGCUCUCAGAAGCAAGAGCCCCAGCUGAGGAGGAUAAAGCGAGGAGAGAGAGAGUUCCUGACCAAAUUCCCCUCUCCACUUCAGCUGGCCUGCACACACACUACGCCACUGCCACACACACUCUGAGGUGUGUGUGCAUGUGUGUGUGUGUGUGUGAUUUUGUUUACCUUUAAGUCGAAAAUGUUCAGCAGUUCAGCAGCACUUCAGCAGUUCAUGACUUGUCGGGUGGGUUGUGCUGGAUAAAUUUAACCCAUCACAUGAAUAGAUCAGAACUUGGAAGAUGUGCAAUAAAUGUAAUUAAGUAUGUAAUUAUUGUUCAGAAAAUAUUUAAUGCAACAAUUAAAUAAAAUGUUCUUAAUUAUA